CGUAGCCGGCUGCUUAAUAAAUCUUCCUGUUUUUACUACGACCUUCUGAUCUGCUUCUUCCUGGGAUAACGGUCAUUUUACUUGUUUUUGGUAAUAUCUUGAAUAACCAACACCCUUUAACAGCUGUCAACAAAGGUCUACAUUCCUUGUUCUGUCAAACCAGUUUCCUCGCCUUAUAUGAAAAUGUGGCGUAUUUUUUUAUUUUCUCGCUACAAACCGAAGCAUAAUGACCGAACGUCAGCAAAGAUCCGAUCUCGUCAUGGAAUUUGUUACUAAUGGAAUGAAAGUGAGAUUCCAGCCAGGCUUGGUGUUAAAGAAGGGAAAAGUUCACUAGGAUAUUAACACCAACAGGUUUUGGUUUUAUACCUUCAUCAGGGUUACAUUUUAAAAGCAUAGAAGGACAAAGAUACUUACCUAGGUCAAUUCAAAGAUAGAAGCAAACGAGUUGGGGGUCAAAAUCAUUGCUUGGGACAGUCAGCCAGUGACACAUGCGCAAAUGUCGAACUUCACUAUAGAGAGUGAGGUGGAAAGAUCAGGUGAUAAUUGGUCAAAUUUGAUUGAACAAGUUUCUCCCAGUUACUGUUCCACGGGUUCAGCAGAUAUGUGUGCCUUGAUCAUUGUAGCUGAAUUUUGCAUUAAAGCCUAACAACAAAGCCUAACAAUUGCAUACAUACUUUAUUUGGCACUUAUGUAUGUAUAUAUAUAUGUAUAUAUAUAUAUAUAUGGCACUUAUGUAUGUAUAUAUAUAUAUACACACUUUUUUUUUUUUAAUUAAUGCUUAUGCCGUGCCACUAUAUUUUGUUGCUGGAAACACUUUUCAUUGUAAUACUGUCUGACAGUAGUUGAGUCUAGCCAAGAAUCUGCCUACUGAAACCAUUGUAAACAUUUCAGUUUGUCCAAAACAUAUUGUAUGUUGUAAAUGUUUUCAAACUACCCUUUUUUUGUAUUUCUGUAUUUCAAUGUCUACUCAAUUGCAUGCAAUUGCAAUUAAUACUCAAUUGCAUGACAUUGAAUUGAAUGUGAAAUAGGGAUUUUAACAGUUCAUCGAUUAACUGUUAAUCGGUAAUAACGUUGAUCGAUUUAAUUUAAUUGAUUUAUAUGGUUAAAUUUCAAUAAACCAUUCCUUGACUAACCUAAUGUUGGCGAUUUGAUUUUACAUGAAUGUUUCUCAGUCGGAUAUAAACCCCCCCUGGUUGGAAGCUGGCAAGUCGCGGUUCCCUCGAUUGGCAGCAUUAGCGAAGCGUUAUUUGCCCGUUCCUAGAACCUCAGUGCCAUCUCAGCGGACUGACUCCACGUGGACAUGCUCAUGUUCUUUAAUAAUAAUAAUAAUAAUAAUUAUUAUUAUUAUUAUUAUUUAUUUUAUAUAGCGCUUUUCAUGAACUCAAAGACGCUUUACAAUGAGUGGUACAUGCAUACAUACAUACAUACAAUGAAACACAAUUCAGAGACAAAAAGAAAAGGGGGGAAGACAAACAUCAAGGGAAAGCUAGAGAAAAGAGGUGGGUUUUAAGACGUGAUUUGAAGGAGGUGAGUGAGUCAGAGGUACGGAUGUCAGGGGGGAGGGCAUUCCAGAGUUUGGGGGCGGCAACUGAGAAGGCGCGGUCGCCAAAAGAACGGCGCUGAGGGGAUAGUGGUGAGGAGGCCAGUAGUGGAUGAACGUAACUGUCUGGGUGGCUGGUAGGGGAGCAGGAGAUCAGAGAGGUAAGUGGGUGCGAGGCCAUUUAGGGAUUUGUAAACUAGGAGGAGGAGUUUGAAUGUGAUGCGUGAUGUGAUUGGGAGCCAGUGUAAAUCUUUCAAGAUAGGGGUGAUGUGAGACCGGGAGGAUGUGCAGGACAGUAUUCUUGCGGCCGAGUUCUGAACCAAUUGCAGUUUGUGUAGGAGACGGGAGGGAAGACCAGUGAGGAGUGCAUUGCAGUAGUCCAGUCUGCUGGAAAUGAAGGCGUGAAUGAGUUUUUCUGCAUCGGGAUGGCUGAGAGAGGGUCUGAGACUGGAGAUAUUGCAUAGAUGAAAAAAUGAAACCUUGACAGUGUUGUUGAUGUGCUUUUCAAAGGAGAGGGAUGGAUCGAGUAUGACACCGAUAUUGCGGACCAGGGGGGAGGGGGAGACAGGGGUACCGUCAAUGGUGAGGGAGAAGUUGUGUAGUUUUGUGAGCUGGGGUUUUGGUCCAAUGAGAAUGAUUUCAGUUUUUUCACAGUUGAGUUUAAGCACUUUAAAGUGCUUAGGUAUUAAGUAAGGUAAUGGCAUAUAGGCUUUUCUGUUCAUGUUAUGGCUAUAUGGUUACUUACAGUUACAGCUUUCAGGAAUAUUCCCAAUGAGUGGGUUUCAUGGCAUUUCAUUAUAUUUUAUGCCUUUACUUAUAUUUUUUGUUUGCUGUACAUCAAGAAGCCUACUUUACAGCACGGUGGACUUGGUAGCGUUUUGUUGAAUUGCCUUCCAUUUGCACUGUAGAACGCGAUUUGCACUAUUGAAUAGAUUGAUGUGUUCUUAUUAUAAGACUGCGUUAGUGGAUACAAGUGUUGUCCAAAUGACAAAAAAUAACUAAAGCGGUUCAUUAGUUUAUUACAAAGUUAAGUAUUAAUAAGCAGUGUCCUUUGUCACUGUCCCAGUGGCAGUUCAGCCAGCGUGUAGUCAGAGGUCCCUCCUCCCCUGCGCAGACCUCUCAGUCCGUGAAUCUGUGUCUGUAUCUGUGCCAGUGAAACUGAGCUGUGGAACGGAGCGGAAAGGGAAGUGGAUAGUUCAGUAAAAUGGAAUGCAUUGCAUCGGAUGAAUGUGAACCUGAAAGUGACACUAAGAGAAUGACAUCCGCUUUGCUGCCGAUGGCACAGGACGGCCCUACUUCUCUAAAAGCCUGUGCUGCGCCGGGGCUCGUGGUGCGGUGUGGCACGCAGCAGCUGUGUCUCCCUGGCGCCUAACCUGUGGUCAGCUAGGAAGGGAGCCAGAGGUUCCGGGGCAGCCACAAAGCAGGGUCCGGUCUUAAUGUGUGACAUCAGAACGGUACUGCUGGGCAACUGAGCAUCACAGAAUGGCGCCUAUGUUGCUAGAGCAACUGAGCAUCAUAGAAUAGCACAUGUGAGACUAUGGCAACCAGACAGAGUUUCUCAGGGUCCUGCCUUUUAAAAGCACCCUUGCGUCCUCAUACGAAUACGUGAUAUUUCCGAAAUUAUGUGACGAGGUAAAAGGUAAAAUGCAGGUGGAUAAAAUAGGCUGGUGUGAUGUGCAGGACUGGUACCUGGACAGAUCAUUUUAAAAUGAUUGUUUUUAAAAAAUCAAUUUUGUGUCAGGUCUGGUUUUAUUUCCCUGGUGUGUGUUCCUGGCCUUCGCGCUGGUCAUGCAGUCAUGCAAGCAUGUGCUGAGCUUACAGCUCCAAGGUCGUAGGUCUUGAUUCCCACAUGGGUUUUGCUGUUCGCACCAUUGAUUGCAAUACUUAACCUGAAUUAAUUAAAUAAACACCCAGCUGUGUAAAUAUAUUGUGUGCCAAAAGAAAGGUUAGCUGUACAAACUGCUGGAUAAAUGACUGGUAUAUCCUGCAGAAAUGUCUGUCUUGUGUUUUAGUCUUGUACUGAGACUUAAUUUUUUUGUUCUUCUCAAAUAGAAAAUUUUAGCUUGUUUUAAGUUACUUUUUGCUUGACAAGUGAAAUUGUCUUAACCCAAUGCUAAAUCUUCAAAUGAGUAAAGUCUGAGUGACUCAGAAAAAUUAGUCUUGCCUCAUUGGAAAUCUUUCUUACUUAGCACAGACAAAAUAAAGAACUAAAAUACAUAAUGGUCUAGGAAACAGAAAUCUGUGAAUUCUUUGCUGAUUAAUUCACUAACAGCCAAGAAAUAUUUUUAAAUAAUUCUUGGGGGGGGGAAAAGAAGUAUAAAAACCAGUGCUAGAAUUGGCUUGCUUUCCCCCUUGACAGGGUUUUAGUAGGCGGGAUUAACUGGAUGUUUGUCAUUUAACAACAACCUUAAAUCCAGUGAAAAGUGAAAUCCUUUCUACAUGUAAUAUGUAAAUGCUUGGUAAUUCAAGCUAUGUUGAAAAAGCAAAAUGCUUUUUUAGUUUCCCAAGAAAAUUAAGGGACUUACAAGAAAUGUGUUUCAUUACUGGAGCCCACAGGCGCUGCAAUGUUACAAUAAUCCAUACUGUUAGUAUUUUCAGUGUCCAUUCUCACCAAGAACUUCUCGUAGAACGAGGUGGAUCGGUAAGUAGGCCUACCGUUGACUAGCCACAGUUAAAUAGCUUUCUAGCUUAGACAUGUCGAAUCAAAGACUUUCUUUAUUUAUGUGUAUUGUCACACAUUAUUACACAUUGAAUGAUCUUCAGGUUUAACUGUAUGAUGGUAAAGCUUAGUUUAUAUUGCUUUCUUUUGUUUUGUCUGGUAGUGUAAAGUUACUGCAUGGGACAAUCUGCUCGGACUGGCUCUAACCUAGCUAGAGAUGAGGACUGGUUUACAUGGAUGUGUCUUAUGGAUAUGAAUGUUAAUGAGCACAGGAUGCACGCCCACCCUGUCCUUCUCUGCUGAACAGGUCACAAUAAUCGAAUAGUGUUCAUUGCAAUUUAAUUUAAUCCAAUUGGAUUAAAAACUUGAAAGAAAUAUUAAGAAGACGCUCAACUCUCACUUCUGGGGAAUAUAAUCACAAUUUGAAUCCAGUAUCCUGGAGCUUUAAGGGUUUGUGUGAGUGUGGCCGAAGGGUGUCAGUCAGACGGUGUUACUGUACCCUCACCUGUGUCACACUUACCAUCAAGGAAGUGAGACAACGAACAGGGACAAAGACUGAGGAACAGAAGGAAAGGUCACAGUCUCUGAGUCACAGGGCCAGAUGAAUAAUACCUUUUCAUGCAGCUUCCAGGUGGUGGGGAAACACUGACAUUUACGUCUUCCAGUUUGAUUCUGCUGCCUUGGGAGGAGGAACUACACGAAAACAGCCAAUGAAGGGUCUCUGAGAAACCGGCCAAUGAAGGGUCCCACUUCUUUACAGUCGGCUCAUCAGUGAAUUCCUUUGCAUUUGAAAGCCCAACUGAACACUUCCUGGAGACUAAUGUUCAAAUUCUCACAGUUGUAAAUGUAAUUGAGGGUAUGUUUCAGAUCAUUAUUUAGGGCUUCGCAGCAGGUGCUGUUUAAAGGGGAACUCACUGAGCAUGUGCAAGUGUCACAAUGACACCUGAAUACAUAUCUCUAGCUGUGCCUGCUUAUUGUUGUGAUAAUGUGGAAUAUCACACACAUCAUGAUACAUACAAUAUUGACAUUUGUCUUUAACACGUAUUAACAGUGUUACUUUAAGAAUGGAAGCAUGGUCAUUUCUUUGGCCAAUUUCAGUACAUGGCUGGACUUGAAACUUUGUCAAAUUUGUUUUUUGGUUGUAAGCAUCAAAUGAUUAAAAUGGUUGACCAUCCGACAUCCUUGUUUAAAAUAUUCUGGGACUUUCAGUAAUCCAGGCAGUGAUAAGUGUUUCAUUUCAGUCAAUUAUUUUUAAUAUGAAAUGAGCAAAAUAUAACUGUCCAUACAAUUCAACAUGAAAUGUGUAUUUAUUUAUUAAAUGAAGAAAAAUAUGUGUUUGCCUUCAUGUGACCUGAGGUGAGAAAGUGUUCCUGUUUUUUUUGUGAAUCGGGCUGGCCUCAUAUAAAAGGUAGCGGGCAGGUCUCUGUGUUCUCUUUUCCCUAGGCAUCGCUGCGGACAUGACCAUCCCUGCUGCACUUCUGCUGCUGUGUAACGUCACCUUCUCCUGGGGCCUGGAAAUCCCAGGUAGUGCGGAUCUGCGGGAGGACGUAGCGCCACAGGAAGUGCACUUUGAGUCGUUAGACUACCGGAACGUUCUACGCUGGGAGCACCAUGGCCAAGUACAUGGGAACCCACAGUACUUUGUUCAGUACAAAAUCUAUGGGGAAAAGCACUGGACCAACGCCACUCACUGUCAAGGUAUCAGAGAACUUCACUGUGACCUGAGCCAGGAGAUGUCAGAACUCAGGGAGUGGUACUACGCCAGGGUGCAGGCGGUUCUCCACGGGGCCCAGUCCUCAUGGACCCUCAGCCCCAGGUUCAACUCACACUGGGAGACUUCCGUCAGCCCUCCCAAGGUGAAGAUGCAUGUGACGGAGCAAGGCAUUAUGGUCCAACUUCGGCCUCCAAGCUCCCCCUACAGGAGACGAAACGGCAGCCGGAUAGCUGUGAGGAAGCUGCAGAGACUGCUGUACAGAGUAUACCUCACCCACAAUGGCAUCGUACAGGAACAGCAUGACCUGGAGGGCUGUGUCAGGAAGGUCCUCAUCACGGAUCUGAAACGCAGGACCACCUACUGCCUCCAGGCCGAAACCCACAUCCUGCUGCUGGGCCGGCGGAGCGGGAAGAGCCAGGCCGUCUGCGUCACCACGCCCUGAGAGGAAGGAUCCGCUACCUGUACAGGAAGAGGAAGAGCUACUUCUGAAUUUCACCGCUGUGCAGAAAACUUCACAUUCACAUGAAAAUGAUCUGGAAGCAUGUAUGCAGGGAAACCCUAAGUUCUGCAGGAAGGAAACACUUGAGACCUCAGGGAUUAUGUGGAUAAUGCACAAAUAAUUAAUUAUGUGGAUUAUCACUUUAUUUGCAGGUGGGUGUGGCUACAGCGAGACGAGAUUAAAUGCUGUUGACAUU